AUGGGUCGCCCAAAGCUUGUUGCCCAAGAUCUUCUAGCCGACCUUCCAACCGACAUCGAUGCUGUUCCGACCCAACCUUUGCCCCCACCGAAGCCAAAAAGAACUAAGAAGGCCCAGCCUAAGGCCAAGGCUACUGAGGUUGAGGCUGAGGAUGCUCUACCCAUCUCUAAGCUGGCUGAAAGCAGCAAAUCUCAACCUUCCACUGGGAAGAGGCGUGCAGAAUCCCAGCCAUCACAAUCUACUCAACCCAAGAAGCUGAGGUCAUCGUCUGCGACGACCUCGGGGUCCAAAAAAUCUGAUGUUCCUUGGGCUCCCCAGAUUACUCUGGAAGAUAGGCCCAUAAUGACCAAUGAAAGCGCCGAUGACAUAAAUGUCGACGUUGCCCUUACUACGGCGCUGCUCCUUCUUGGUGAUUUGGAGCGGAAUGCCGGUCAGGCCGAAGAAGAAUCUGAGUCUGAGUCUGAAGUCGAGGAUGAGGAUAACAAUGAUGAUGAGGCCUUGGUGAGGAAAUCCAAGGAUGCUACUGAGGCCAAGUCCCCUCGUCCAACUGAGCAAGUUAUGGACUUAACCUUGAAUGAAGAGGGUGAUGAGGUUGGGGAGGUGCCAAGGGAAGAUGUUACAGGGCAAUUAUCAUCCGACCUUCUCUUAGCUGAAAGAAGUCUUAACAAAACGCUUGCAGAGAUUGAUGCCGAGCUGGCUGCAGAGAAGGCUGCCGAAGUAGUUCCCCAAGAAUCGGCCGAGGUCCAGACCCAAAUCGCUCUUGAAACUGAGGAAUCAUAA